GUGGUGCUUGCUGGGAAGAAGGUAUUGUGUGUGUGUGCCGGGUGUAACUGUCGCACGCGAUCUUUUCUCGUGUGGCGUGAACUGGCUUGGGUGAGAGCGGCGUUGUGUCACGGAAAAUGGCCCUGCACGUCCCCAAAGCUCCGGGCUUUGCCCAGAUGCUAAAAGAUGGAGCGAAGCAUUACUCUGGCUUGGAAGAGGCAGUUUAUAGGAACAUUCAAGCUUGUAAGGAGCUGGCUCAAACUACUCGAACAGCUUAUGGUCCAAAUGGGAUGAAUAAAAUGGUCAUUAAUCAUCUGGAGAAGCUUUUUGUUACCAAUGAUGCAGCGACUAUUUUGCAACAGUUAGAGGUUCAGCACCCUGCAGCUAAGAUGUUGGUUUUAGCUUCGCAAAUGCAGGAACAAGAGGUUGGAGAUGGAACAAAUUUUGUGCUAGUUUUUGCAGGUGCUCUGCUGGAAUUAGCUGAGGAGCUUCUACGAAUGGGUCUUUCAGUCUCAGAGGUGAUAGAAGGCUAUGAGGCAGCCUCUAAAAAGGCUCUAGAAAUUCUUCCGGAUCUGGUAUGCUGCUCUGUUAAAAGCCUACAGGAUUCAGCAGACGUAUUGCCUGUCAUUCGAACUUCAGUUAUGAGCAAACAGUAUGGCAACGAGGAUUUCCUGUCCAAGCUGAUUACGCAAGCAUGUUUGUCCAUUUAUUCUGAAACUGGUCAUUUUAAUGUGGACAAUAUUCAAGUCUGCAAAAUUCUGGGAUCUGGUGUGACUUCUUCAUCAGUCCUGCAUGGCAUGGUUUUCAAACGAGAGACUGAAGGGGAUGUUUCCUCUGUGAAAGAUGCCAAAAUUGCAGUAUAUUCUUGUCCUUUUGACUGUAUGGUAACAGAGACAAAGGGAACGGUUUUGUUGAAGAAUGCAGCUGAAUUGAUGACUUUCAGCAAAGGAGAGGAGGAUCUCAUGGAGGUUCAAGUAAAGGCUAUAGCAGAUGCUGGUGCUAAUGUAAUUGUAACUGGAGGAAAAGUGGCAGACAUGGCCCUGCAUUAUGCUAAUAAGUACCAGCUGUUGGUAGUUAGGUUAAAUUCAAAGUGGGACUUAAGAAGAUUAUGCAAAACAAUUGGAGCUACAGCACUUCCACGAUUGGCACCGCCAACACCAGAGGAAAUGGGAUCUUGUAGUAAUGUUUACUUGUCAGAGGUUGGAGACACACAGGUGAUAAUAUUUAAGCAUGAGAAAGAAGAUGGUACCAUUUCCACAGUUGUAAUCCGUGGUUCAACGGACAACAUAAUGGAUGACAUUGAGAGGGCAGUUGAUGAUGGUGUCAACACCUUCAAAGUUCUCACAAGGGAUAAGCGCUGUUUGCCAGGUGCAGGAGCCACUGAGAUUGAACUGGCUAAACGAAUCACUACUUACGGAGAGUCGUGUCCUGGUCUUGAGCAAUAUGGAAUCAAGAAAUUUGCAGAAGCUUUUGAAAGUAUUCCACGUGCAUUGGCUGAGAAUUCUGGCAUUCGGGCUAAUGAAAUAAUUUCAAAAUUGUAUGCAGUGCAUCAGGAAGGAAACAAAAACAUUGGUUUUGACAUUGAGGGUGAAGGUUUGGGUCUAAAGGACAUGCUUGAGGCUGGAAUACUUGAUCCAUACUUGGUUAAAUACUGGGGAAUUAAGCUUGCCACAAAUACUGCUGUCACUGUUUUAAGGGUAGACCAGAUAAUCAUGGCAAAACCAGCAGGUGGACCUAAACCACCACCACAGAAAAAGGAUUGGGAUGAUGAUCAAAAUGAGUGAAGUUCCAUCACUUUAAAGUACUAGGCAAUGCCCAUUAGAAAUUAAGUUCUAUUGUGCACUGAUCACAUUCUAAUA